GCCGGCGGCCGCGGAGCGGAGCAGGGCGAAGGAGGGCGCGCUGGGCAUGGAGGACGGCGUGGCGGGGCCGCGGCUGGGAGAGGUGGCGGAGGCGGUCGAGAAGCGGGCGCCCACCCGGGUGACGCUGCGGCCCUUCGCGCCCUUCUCCGCUGCUGCCCAGGCGGAGGAGGGCGGCGGCGACUGGAGCUUCAUCGACUGCGAGAUGGAGGAGGUGGACCUGCAGGACCUGCCGAGCGCCACCAUCGCCUGCCACCUGGACCCGCGCGUUUUCGUGGACGGCCUGUACCGGGCCAAGUUUGAAUCCCUCUUCAGGACGUAUGACAAGGACAUCACCUUCCAGUACUUCAAGGGUUUCAAGCGGGUGCGGAUAAACUUCAGCGACCCCUUGUGUGCCGCCGAUGCCAGGCUGCAGCUUCAUAAGACCGAGUUCCUGGGAAAGGAGAUGAAGUUAUAUUUUGCUCAGACUUUACACAUAGGAAGUUCACACCUGGCUCCACCCAAUCCUGACAAGCAGUUUCUCAUCUCUCCUCCUGCCUCUCCACCCGUUGGUUGGAAACAAGUGGAAGAUGCUACCCCAGUCAUAAAUUACGACCUUUUAUAUGCUAUCUCCAAGCUGGGGCCAGGAGAAAAGUAUGAGCUGCAUGCAGCAACAGAUACCACUCCCAGUGUGGUGGUCCAUGUGUGUGAGAGCGACCAAGAGAAUGAAGAGGAGGAGGAGAUGGAGAGGAUGAAGAGACCCAAGCCAAAAAUUAUCCAGACAAGGAGGCCAGAGUACACACCCAUCCACCUCAGCUGAACUGGCGCACAGCCCGAGACGGCGCGUUCUGAAUCCCACUCCUGGGAAGGAAUCUUUAAUGCGCAGGUGGCUGAUCAUAGCUUUGGCAGUAACAGCCGUGACCACUGUGGCAGAAAUUCCAGUUCAUGUCGCUCAGAAGAGAAUCAAGGCUUCAUCUCCUUGUUCUGAGACUGCACCUCAGUCCAUGUCCGUGGCACCUGCGAAUGUCUUGGGCCAUUCACUGAGUUUGUGGUCAUCAUACAAGGACAUUUGGGGACAUCUUGAGAAAAGUCUAAUGAUAGUGUCUUGGACUCGCUCUUUUCUAGGUUCUGGUUUUGCCAAGGACAGGUUGACUGGUGGCCAAGGGAGAGGUUUCAGCAUUCAGGGUCUAGCCCCCACUGGUAGGCUGAGGUACCCCUCAAAGCCACCAAGUGACCGAUGCAGGCAGGC